UUUGUUGCUGUUCCCAUUACGUGAGAAUCGUGUUUGGCAACUGGAGAGUUAAUUGAAAAGCACCGAUCGUGGCGAUCCACCUAAAUCAGUCAUAAAUGCUAGCUGCCAGAAUGAGGUUCGUGCAAUACCUGCGUAAGGGCGACUUCGCCAAGCGACUGGGCCUUCUAUCCGAGGAUCAGAAGUCGUUGGUGGAAUUCGCCGGCUUGGAGGGCGUGCCAAGUGAUCUGAAGACACUGAUUGCCCAAAAUCCCAAUCUGGAGGAGCUGGCCAAAAAGGCGGAAAAGCAGCCGCGACUGGAGGUCAACGAUGAUGUCACAUUGCUGCCACCUCUCACCGAUCCCGGCAAGAUCAUCUGCAUCGGUCUGAACUACCAGGACCACUGCGAUGAGCAGAACAAACCGGCUCCCAAGGAGCCCAUGUUCUUCAGCAAGUUCAACAACGCUUUGGUUGGUCCCCAAGAUAAUGUCAUCGCCCACUCGGCCAGCAAUAAAAUCGAUUGGGAGGUGGAGCUGGUCUGUGUCAUUGGCAAGGUCGCCCGCCAGGUGCCCAAAUCCCAGGCCAUGGACUAUGUCUUCGGGUACACUGUGGCCCAGGACAUCUCCGCCCGCGACUGGCAAAAGGAGCGGAAUGGCGGUCAGUUCCUUAUCGGCAAGUCGAUGGACACAUUCCUGCCACUGGGACCGGCCGUGGUGCACAAGAGCCUGGUGCCGGAUGUCUACAACUUGAAUCUGAAGACCUGGGUCAACGGCGUGGAGAAGCAGAACGGCAAUUCCGGUAAUCUGAUCUUCAAGCUGGACGAUGUGAUCAACCGGCUGUCGCAGACCAUCACCCUGCUGCCGGGCGACAUCAUCGUCACCGGAACGCCCAAGGGUGUGGGCAUGCACCGCAGUCCGCCGGAAUUCCUCAAGCCCGGCGAUGUAGUUCAGUCGGAGAUCGUCGGAUUGGGCAAGCUCUGCAACAAGAUCGUGGCCCCCUAAGGUCGUCAUUCCCCAUAUAGUUUGUUAUGCAUGUAUAGUUAUUUCUUGUUUAUGAAACAAUGGCAUUUAAUCAA